CAAGUUUGUGCGUUAGAGAUAUCUCAAAAGGUUAAUAUUUGGAUCAUUAGAAAUUGCAGACCACGCUGAUUGUCGACAUUAUGCAGGAAUCCACCACAAAAGGAAAUUAUAUAAAGGUAGAAGAUGAUAAUCCUGGCUAUAAAAUGGAUUAUUUCUGUAUACCUAAACAUUAUGAAGAGGAUCUGAAAAGAGUUUUAGUCCCUGCAGGUCUUGUAGCCGAUAGAGUGGAGAGGUUAGCUAGGGACAUAGUACAAGAUUUCCAGGAGGAGCCAAUUGUUGCACUAUGUGUACUUAAAGGUGGAUAUAAAUUCUUCACUGAUCUUCUUGACAGGAUAAAACAGUUGAAUAGUCAUCGUAACAAAUCUGUGCCACUGGCUGUUGAUUUUAUUAGACUAAAAAGUUAUGUUGAUGAUCAAUCUUCAGGUCAGAUAGAAGUAAUUGGUGGAGAUAGCUUAGAAAAUCUAAAGGGGAAAAAUGUAUUAGUUGUAGAGGAUAUAAUUGACACAGGGAACACAAUGUUAAAAUUACUGUCCCUUCUGAAAGCUGUGGAACCUAAAACUAUUAAAGUAGCCAGUUUACUGGUCAAAAGAACACCAAAAAGUGUUGGCUACAGGCCUGAUUAUACUGGCUUUGAAAUACCAGAUAUUUUCAUAGUUGGCUACGCCUUAGAUUACAAUGAAUACUUCAGAGAUCUAAAUCAUAUUUGUGAAAUAAAUGAAGCUGGAAAAGUGAAAUAUGCCACCAAAAGCUAGUCCCAAAUGGAACAAAUGGAAUUCAUAUAUGAAGCAGUUUCAUGAUAUUAUAUUCAGAACAAAUGUUAGGUUGAACCAAGAAGAUUUGAUAUUACCAUGAAGUCGUUAUGAUUUUAUUUGUUGUUGUGAAUGAUAGUGAACAGAUUUGAAGAAUAACUUUUAUCUUUUAUUAACUAGCUAUAUAUGUGUUAUCAUUUAUUAACUAGCAUUAUAUGUCGGCAAUUAUUCUUUAUUAUUUUGACCAGUAGAUUGUCUUAUUAAAUAUAGGGACCAAAAAAGUAUCACUUUUCAUAGUUGUAUUUCUAAAUGUUACGAAAAUAUUUGAGGUUUAUACUUAUAUAUAUCUGUAUUUGCAUCUGUUUACAUCUGCUUCUUUCAAAGUUAAAUGUAGUUGUAUGAUUUAAGAUUUUUAAUAUCUUACCGGGGAUAUUGUACUUAUUUAAACACAAAUAUUAUGUGGUGCUACAAGAUAUAAUUAAUCUUUUAAAUUAAGCUUUAACAAAACAGAUGAUUUUGGUGCGAAUCAAUUUAGAUAUUAAACAUGCAUAAGCAUAAUGAGGUAUGAUAAAAAACAACAACAGAAGGAUAAAUUAAAAGCCUUAAUUUGCAUCACUUCCUCAGGCACAGCUUUGUAGGCAAAAAACCUGAAAUUGGUAAUAAUAUGAUAGUGAAAAGAAAAUUUGUUACAUCCUUUUGCAUUCUGGCAUGUUCGAGUCAAACGAUUUGUCUUAAUGGCUUAAAAUAAAUGAAACUGAAACAAACAAAAUAAAAUAUAGCUUUAGAUUCCAUUAUUUUUAAAUAUAUGUAUAAAGGUUAAAUGUUGAUGAGAUAACAUUAAAAAUUCCCUUAAAAAUCAAAUAUAAGGGGUCAAGUGAAAUACCUUUGCAAUGAGUUGUCACAGUAGAGAAGUUGAAUUUGAAUAACAAAAGAAAACUUUGUGCUUCAACAGUUGUUCACUUCUGACUUGUAAUUUCUUUUUAUUUUCAUUCACAUAUUUUCAAAGCAAAAUUUAGGCAUCUUAAUUAUUUUAUUAAUGAAAAUGUACUAGUUGGGCACAAAAUUUUCUCUGACUCCCAUAACUUAUUCCAAAAACCCUUGACAACAGUCUUUACUUUUGGAUCUUAAAAUUGCAAAACUCUGAAAAAUAUUCAGAUGUUUUGUGUGUUAUAGAUAUUAGUCUUCAACCUUUGAAACUUUUAUUUCUGUCCAUCCACCAAAUAAAAAUGUACUUUAAUUGA